CAUACUUGUGCGAUACAUAAUGGAAGAUUUUGUUGAGUAAAAUCAAUCUUUUGUGUUUGGAAGUGCAAUUUCAUGACAUUAUUUAUAAAAUUUUGUUAAUCAAUCGUGAAGUGUGUUGUGUUACUUUAAUGUUAUAUCCUAGAAUCAUUUGUUAAUCAGCUGCAAAUUUACUCUGGAACGUACUAUUGCAUGCAUAGCCUAUGCCUAUCUAGGUGGUCGGUCAAAUCUGCAGUGUGCCAGUGUUCACUUUUGUUGUCGAAUGGAAAUGACUAGGAUGUCAAGAGUCAAUCGCGAUUACGUCCCAGGAUGAGCUGUGACAAUGCAAUCACUCGUAUUUUAUCAUAGAUUCAAAAGAUAGUUGUGCAAAUGACAAUGUAUUUCUUAACAAUUCUGGUGUUCUAUUAGUUUGUUUUUGACGUCAAGGUGUUUUGCAUUUGAUGUCGAUAUGGCUGUAAAAAAGCAUAAGUUGGUCCAAGACAACCACAACCAGCUAGACUUGGCAGCGCUGGCUCAGUAUAUCCAGUUGAUGAAUACCCAAACCAAUUAUUUGCCUCCACCCAACCAGCUUGUGAAGAACUGCACAGAUAUAGUAAAAUGCCUUGCUCGGGCUACUGGCACCGAAGAGGAAUUGUGGACACUACUGCCGUCAGUGGAAGUGUUUCUGCUGCGUGUGGUCAACACCGUCCACUCCAGCGUCCGACAUGAGAUCGUCACGGCUGUUCUUGACAAGUUUUACACCCUGAUCUCCGAUCCUCAGUCUGAUGCUUGCCCCGCGACUUCGAUAGUUUUGACUGUGCUGGAAGGUUGGGACAGUGAGGCAACCUUGUCUGCCGCCCGCUGGCUUGUCCAGCAGAGUGAAAACGGCCCCGCGGGCGCCGGCCACCGGGCCUCGCUUUCAUGCCUUUACCGCUGGCUGUAUGAGUGGAAUGGCACUGCACUACUAGGGGAUUGGGUCAUGGCGUACAUCAAAGCUCUAGAGGAAAACGAAGGAUAUGACAUCCUUAUAGAGGUAUCCGUGGACAAUCUGAGCAAUUUGUUCGUUUCCCUCGCUGAUGGGGGAAUGCGAUCAGCUAUUGCUGAUGUCAUAUUCCAUGUUCUUGCCUCUAUGCGCGAAUCGACUGAAGCACUUGGAGUGAUCCAAGCGAAUGUCGCCGAUGUCCUCACAAAGUUAGCCCGGGACAGCGGACAGUUCAGCCGACAGAUUUUGCAAAACAUAGUGGAUAUUGUUACCGCCAUGGUUGACUACCACACUUAUAUUUACAAAGGCGAAGCUCUCGACGGGUUUCGGGCUAAACACGCCGAGUUGAUUGAUUGCCUGGAGCGCCACAUGGCAUCCCGUGGCUGUCGAUUCCUUCAAAUGCCUCCAUGGCGUGGGCGCUGCCUUGUCGUACCGACAGCCAACCCGUCCCCGCCGGUGCGUAAAGUCGGCUUACUCAACCUUGGCAAUACGUGCUACAUGAACAGCGUCAUGCAAGCUCUGCUCGUCACCAGGCAGUUCAGUAAUCACGUAAUGAUGCAAAUGACAGACGUUCCUUAUUGGAGUAAGAUGGGGCUUCUUUUCGCCAAGAUGAUGCAUUCAAUAAGUACCAAGCUGAAUCCGGACGAGUUUUUCAGCGUCGUGAAGCCACCAUUCUUUACGAAGGAUAACCAGCACGAUAGCUCGGAAUUUCUGGGGUACUUGUUUGAGCUGCUGCAGUCUUACGAGCACGUGUCAGAUGUUAAUUUCGACUACUCGCGGCCAGCGCUGCUCAACGGUGCCCACCGCAUGCGCCACGCUGCCAUCGCCCAUGUCUCACACUCCUCCAGCGAUCACGACGCGGAGACCAACCGUCGCUCGGUCUCGCCCAGACCUGGAAGCAGCGCCGCAGGGUCAAGCAGCUACAAGCGCGCCGCCCAAGAGCACGACAUGAUGGUGCCGCUGAAGAAACGUAGGCACUUGUUCGAGGGCUCGUUUCUGCGGCGCGACUCGUUUAUAGACAACAUGUUCAGCGGCGUGUUGCUGACGCGCGUCGAGUGCACCACCUGCCGCUCCUCCUCGCUCUCCAGAGACGUGUUCCGUGACCUCCAGCUGGCCUUCCCCGAGCGGCCCGAGGACGUCCAACACAACGUCCAGAGCUUACUAGAGUACUACUGCUCCAAGGAGAGCCUCUCCGGCGACAACAAGUACGAGUGCCGAGACUGCGGCUGCCUACGCGACGCCGAGAGGAGCGUCCUCAUCGAGACUACUCCCAAGUAUCUCAUACUUGUGCUAAAGAAUUUUAAAUUCGAACCGAAGCUGCAGGUGCAGACCAAGCUGAUGCAUUCGAUGUUUCACAACACGAUCGUGAACCUGCCGACGGUGCGGUCGCAGCACAACCACGCGGUGUACGCGCUGUACGCGGCCGUCAUCCACGCCGGCACCACACUCGACUCGGGCCACUACUACACGCUCGCCAUGGACAGCAAGGACUGGUACAUGUUCAAUGACGACGUAGUCUCCGAGGCCGAGGAGAAGGAGCUUAACGAGCUGAAGCGCUCGUGCACGCCCUACAUCCUGUUCUACAGGCGCACCGACAUGGAAGAGGCCCCCGCGCCCUCGCUGGAGGAGCUGCCGCCACACCUGCAGGAGGCCGUGCUCGCACACAACAAGCACUACGUCGAGACAGUGCGCAAGAAGCGGCUCACACGCCCAUGACAUUUAAGAUCCGACAGAUACAUCGACUACUCGGUGUUGGAUAUUGUCGAAGCCAAGGAAUACAAGGAGUAAGGUGAUCAACUAAACGUUUAUUUAUGUUCAACAUCAAAAAGUGACGCAAACGUACUUGGGAUGUGAUAUGUGAAAUUAUUGUUAGUUCUACCUACAUAAAGAGGCUAGCAGACAGUACCGCCAUACCCUCAGAACGCACGUGUAUACCUAUUAUUUAGUACGCCUCAAUGUCUAUUUUCGGAAUUGUUGCUUCCACCAUAAAACGAUACGGCCUGUUUUAUAUUUUAAUUAGAAUAUAAUGGAAAUAUAAAUAAUGAUGCCAAAUCACAAAUUUCAGUAGCAUUAGUCGCAUGCAGAGUGUUUGUUUAAGUAUGACGUAAAAAUUUUCAGUAAUUGUAUAGUUCGUUAAAUUAGUUUUUGACGAAGCGUGUGUCAGAUUUAAUUUUAACUUAUUUUAUUUUUACUCUCCUUAACGAAAUGAAAUAGAUAUUUAGAGCUUGUUUAUGUUUCGUGUCAUAAGUUAAGGAUUCCUCAUUUUGUUUUUCUGGUGCUUUUAUUGUAAGUCUUAUUGUUAGAUCGUUUACAAUUACUAGCAUAUUUUAAAAUGAAUUUAACAAUUAAUUUUAUCUCCUUGAACGAAUGAUGUACGAAUAAGGUAUUUGACUGGGUCAAAGAUAAAUUAUAAAAUACGAGUACUGUACGGUUUGCAACGACACAUGUCCCGCGUCAGCUAUUUUACCUUUUAUGCAAUUGUAUAAUUAGUUCACGACUCAUCAAGGUAGCGUAUACUCGCGCAUUUGUGUAAUUAACUUUAACAAGAAAAGAAUGUUCUCUUUCGGCUCCACAUCAGUUUAUCAAGAUUAUCAUCUUAUCAUUAAAAGAUCAUACACGUCUUGCAAAAAACUGUACGUCUUUUUGGUCCUUCGAGCAAACACGAAGUGUUCACGUGUUCAGAGUGAUAGCGAAUCAGUUCAGCCGGCCUCCCACCAGCUGGUCUCACCGGCUGGAUUGAGAAGGCGCAAAUAUCAUCCCAGGACACAGUGGACACAUUGCAAUCAGCAAGACAAGAGGAUUACAUCCACUUUAUCAAGUUUUGUGAAGUUUGUGAUACAAGAAGGCAACUCGCAAAUUAUCAAGAAUCAAGGCAAGCAACCUCUUCUAUCAAGUUAUCAAGACUAAUACCCAACGCCAGAGAUUAGUAUAAAUUGUAAUAUUUAUCAAGGUUAAACAAGUGAAUUAAAAGGUCAUACACGUCUAGCAAGAGACUACAAGUACUAAUCUAGAAAUAGAAGCCUGUCUUAGAUGAUCAAAAGCCAUUCUCAUUUUACUUUUCCGACUUAUUUAUGAAUUGAGUACGGCAUGACCGCUUUUAUUGAUGACGUCACAGGACAGUAUUUCCAUACAAACUCCAAAGGAAACUACCAUUUCGACGUUUCGUAAAUAGUAUCUCAUUUGAGUAAGUAAUUGAGUGACCGGCAGCAACAGCCGAAGAUCAUAAAUAAAUACAAAAUUUAAACUAUAUAAUUUUAAUUAACUUGAGUCAAAAUGCACUGUUUUCGGUGGUCGUGUUGCAGUAGGCUGCCGGCGCGUUCACGUUCUGCAGCUUCAGCAGCUUACGCCGAAGUAGGUUGACGUCGCAAUCGGGUGCCGUGUGCAAAGCAUCCCUCGUCAGCAUACCGCUUAGGGGGUGUAUAUGUAACAAGGUUGUCAAGUAGCCUAUUUGAUAGCUUCAUUUCGUCUUGUACAGUGCAAUAGCGAUAAUAUGUUUCACGUGACGCGUAAAUUAUUAAAUAGUAGGUGUGUUGCUACGGUAAGGCAAUUUAAUUUGUGUCACUUUUUGAACAGCAGUUCAGUUUUUAAUCCUUAUUAUCAUCAUUGUUCGUUACUUUGUAACUGUUUGUCGUCGGUUAACCUAUAGUAAUUAUCUCGACUUUGUAGGUGACGUCAUAGCGCGUUCGAUAUAUCACUUAACUCGGGACAAACUGAGGAUAACUUUUAUACAAAAACAGAGCCUAUAUGUAUACAUUAUUUCAACGUGUUAUUUUUUAUUUUAUUGUACAUAUAACAGGAUCUCGUAGAGGUCUUACAACUGAAGUUUACUUUCUUGAAACUUUGAACGAAGAUAAAUAUUAUAGAAAAAAAUAACUAAACAUUUGACUACUGAACCACCUUUGAAAUGUAUAUAUACAUGUAGUGGCAUGUCGUGUAUUAUACUUAUGUAUUGUUAAUAUAGGUAGAAUUAUAUGUUUAUUUUAUUAUUUGUCUUUAUUUUAUUUUUCGUAUACUAUUACUGUACCGUCCCGUAUUCCAGUAUAUAUAGAUUUCUUACGCUCUAAGGUCGCCUGGAAAAAAUAGCUGUUUAGCAAUAAAGCCGCCGAUUGUACUUCUACUGUCAUUUUUAAUUGUCCUUUAUGUUGUGUUUAUGUGCAAUAAAGUGUUAUGAUUUGAAUUACAGAGGACAACAAACGUUUAAAGAGAGUAAACUUCAGUAAUUAGAGUAAAAUUGUAAAAGUUGAUUUAGUAAUAAGCCUACGACCGUAUUGUGGUUAAAAACCUCACUGUGCUGAUCUGUCUUUUAUUUAUAUUUAUUGAGCAUGCUUGAAUAUCCCAGUAACGGACACAUGGUACAGAAAACUUGAGUCAUGUGUAGGCUUUAUUAGUUUUGGUGAGAAUUGUAUUAGAAUUAUUAUAAUCAUAUGGUAGUGGAACCCAGAAGAGAGUUGAAUAUGAGUUGAAAGUUUGAACCGCGUCUUAUUCAGGCAAAAAAGGAAAAUGUUUUUGUGUGUAAAUUUAAAGGUAAGGAAACCGAAAUUGAUUGUAAUUGUCUCAUUAAAUUACGUGGUUGAAAACCUUUUGGUUCCACUACAAAUAUGAUAUUAUGUUCUGCUUAAAUUAUUGAUUAAUCUUCACAGAACUCAAAAUUUUCAUACUUAUCAUACCAGUGCAUGUAAUCUUUUGUUUGAUUGAGGACAGUCUAGAAUUGUUACAUGAAAUAUGGUUGGUCCUUACGUUAUGUAUGCAUGCAUACGGCGGGGAUAGAGGCGAGCUCUCUCAUUAAAUUAUAUGUACAUAUUAUUAUUAUUAUGAAGGACUUGACAUAGCAAUUACUUGGUGAAGAACACUUAGCUACUAUGGAUGGCGACUACACCACAUGGAAGGGACUACAGGAUACUUCGAUAAAAAGGUCUUAUUAGGAUAGUUCAACGGUACACAUAGGAAGACAAUGUAUUAUGUUUGAACUACGGAAUUAAGCUUUCAUAUUUACACAUAAUAGUUACGUACAGAAUAUUACGUAAUUCUGUUAUAACACAUAUUAUUCACAGUAAUCUAUUGAUGUUUAAAUAAGUGUAAUACUAUUAAAAUCUCCAUUGAUAGAAUAGUAUUCGUAUAUUGAUGCAUAUUCAAAUUCAGUGUUUAGCGUAAUUGUUAAGCAUCUUAAUGUUUUAAAACUAAAUGUUUACAAUUGAAGUUAGGUCCGCACCCCAUAUCCCAGCGCCGCGCCUCCUGUAAUUCUGUUGAGUUUCUGAGAUAUUUAUAUUCUGCAUAUACUUGUAUUUAUCGGUUCUUACCUAAUCUGUCCGAAUUUUGCCAAGGAAUUGCAAGAUGCCAACAAGCUCCGCUAUGUACGUUAUGUACAGCCGGGAAUCUGACUAACUGUCGCAUUAGUGUGUCUAAUACGGCAAUAACCCUAUAAAACUUAUGUUCAAAACGUUAGAUAUAACAUUUUCGCGUUUAGUAACCACCAUCACCAGCCCAUUAACGUCUGCACUGCUGAGGCACGGGCCUUCCCUAUCGAUGGAUAGGGAGAUCGGGCCUUAAGCCACCACGCGGGCCCAGUGUAACAUAUUUACCAAUAAAUCAAUUAAAUAUAAUUUACUAAAGUACUCAAUAAAAUUAUUCUGGAUCAUUGUGCCAUUCAUAAAACUACCUCGUCCUUCGUUCAUUCCUCUAAAACUGAAACACAAUUAUGAGACAGUUAUUUUGGUUCCCGACUCCCUACUGUUGUUACAUAUUAAUAAUACUAUCUAUAGUGGAAAAUAAUAUUAGAACACUUCAAAUACAUACAUGACAUAGUACCACGCCUAUAUCCCUGAAGGGAUAUAUAAACACACAAACAUUAAAAACCACAACACUAACAUUUCUUUCAUAACAAUUCAAAAUAAAUUAAAUUAAAAUUGUUUCAGUAAUAAACAUUCAUGCGUCAAAAAACUUAUACUAUUAAUUUACAAUAUAAAACAAAGAGACGACAUCAAACAAAUAUCAAGAUCGGAUAAAUGUGUCCCGAAAAUAGCAUGAAACACAAUCUGUGCCGUUCUAUUUAUUUCGUUCGUUUGUUAAAAUCUAUUUGAGCCUGAAAGCUCCAGGAGAAAUAAUUGCUCUUUCGCAACUACCACAACCUGUAAUGAAGCAUCAAGGGAAAAUAUAAUUUUUGAGUGGACCUAGCUGUUGCUAUUAUUAGGAUGUCGCCUAAUUCUUUUUAAAUCUCUGUCACGUUGCCUGGACUUCUGGCUUCAAUGAUUUCUAAACACACCCAAGCAAAGGAACUUGAUGAUUUUUUAAUCCGUCUUGUGUUAUGUUUUGAGUAGCUUUUCUAACUUUAUUUUGACGUCCAGCAGCUCUACCUAAUGCGUCUCUCUUAACAGCACGUUUAGCUACAACCUCCCUCACUUAAAGUCUUAUUACGCUCGUCGCUAAAUUCGUCGACACACUUUAUAAAUGUCAUUAGCUCCACUGUAAGAGUUGCUACUCUUAAACCAGGAAAUUUAUUUCGAUUUUCAUGUUUUUAAUCUCAUCUAUUAUGCCUGCUAUGGUGUUGGCCUAUGUUGGCUAUCUUAAUUUUAUUGGCAGUAUAAUUAUGUUGGUACUUGGCAAAACCUGAUGGAUCAUUUUGUUCUUUACGUAUGCAAGCAAAAACAGAAGAACCCCUGCAAUCUCAUCUGAUACGUCUAUGUCAAUUACAUUAGCUUUUAACUCUGUGUCUAAUUUAUUGCUUGCUGCUGUACCUAUUGGACCUUUUAUUAUUAUAUCUACUAUGUUCAUUAACAUUUCAAUUUCGCCGUCUCUUUCUGCCAUCUAACUUGCCGAGUCAACAUCUAUUCCUGAUACUUGUGGAAUUCCGGAAUUUGAAGGAUUGCUCAUUGUUAAUUAUUAUUGGUUUCUGAAUGGUAUUAUCAAAAUGAUAUCUGUUUCUGCACAAAACGUAAAUAUAUUGUUCUUACAUUUGAAAACCAAAUAGUUUCAUUAUGACCAACCAUGUUUAUAUAUAUAUUGUACGUUAUAGUCUUAUAGUUGUUUUGCUUUUAUCCUUUUAUGUAAAUAAACAUUAUACUUUAAAGCAUUUAAAUGAUAAGCUCUAGAUAUUCAGUCAUGGUUAUACACAUGUAACAAUAGCGUAAGUAGGCGUACUAUAUUGUAGCCGGGCCCUUACUAGAAGCCCCGGUGUUGUAAUACUUUCGUUUAUAACUAUACAAACACGAAGAUUACGAAAUUGGUUUUCGGUUUAAAAGAAAUAAAUAAAUCUUUAAAACA